AUGAAAUUCUUUAAAAGACUCUUAAAAUGCUUCAAGAAAACCAAAAAACAAAAUGAUAGUUGGGAAAAUAUUUGCGAAAAAGUUGAGUCUUGGUCGACAAGUUCGACCAGCAAUAAAGAAGAUUCUUUUGAAAACUCCUUACCACUCGUCGAAUUUGACAAUCAAUUCUCUGUAAUUGAUCUGAAGUUUUACACAAGAUACGAAGAAUACGUUGAAGAUGUGAGAAGAGAAGACCCUAAGAAUUAUCAAAAAUUCAAAAUGUGGUAUAGCUUUUUUGAUGCACAUGUACGUUCAUAUCACAAUCUAUUUAACGAAGGUGUGAAUUAUUAUAAUAUUGAUAGUUGGGAAAUAGUAGAACAUAGAAGAGAAUUUUAUGAACUUGAUUUUGAAUUU